ACGUCGUUCUUAUCCGCAAUAUUGCUACGUUUCUUUCCAUCUUCACGGACAGCACCUCCUCGUUAUGGAAAUUGUAUCAGUCCCUUCUAUACGAUUUACUCCCAGAAUUCAACGCCCACCUCUAUAAUUCUUGGAUCAAACUACUGCAAAACCAAAAGACAAGAAGAAUAAGAGAUCGAAGAACAUUUUAUUGUUUGUUUGUGCGCUUGGGUUUCUUGAGUCUGUGUCUUCUGAAUAUGUUUUCGAGCUCUUGCAUGGACCUGAAGAAUUUGGUCUCGGUGGAUGACUUUUGGUCAUUGAAUCAGGAUCCUCCGAAGGAGAUGCGGGUCCCCAAAGUUAUAUCUAGAUACGGCCCAUCCAUGGACGACGAAGACGACGGCGUUGUAAUUCCCAAACGAAUCAUCGUGGCGAACGAGUUGCCGAUACGGGCUGUCUGCGACGGCGAGACCGGCCGGUGGUCAUUCGAGUACGAUGCGGACAGUCUGUAUCUGCAGCUCAGGGACGGGUUCGGUGAUGAAGUGGAGGUCGUCUACGUGGGGUGCCUAAAGGCCGAGAUCGACGUGGCUGACCAGGACGACGUCGCGCAGGAACUUCAGGACAAGUUCCGAUGCGUCCCGGUUUUCUUACCGCGCGAGAUUCGGAGCGGGUUCUACCACGGAUUUUGCAAGCAUUAUCUUUGGCCUUUGUUUCACUACAUGCUGCCGAUAACGUCGAGCCAGGGCACGCGGUUCGAUCGUGCCCUGUGGCGGGCCUACUGCAGCGCGAACAAGAUGUUCGCAGACAAGGUGAUGGAGGUGUUGAGCCCCGAGCUGGAAGAUUACGUUUGGAUCCACAACUAUCACCUCAUGUUACUGCCUAGUUUCUUGAGAAGAAGGUUUCACAGAAUCAAGCUCGGUUUUUUCCUGCACAGCCCCUUCCCUUCGUCUGAGAUAUAUAGAACUAUACCGGUACAUAAGGAAAUUCUCCAGGCUCUGUUGAAUUGUGAUGUGAUUGGCUUUCACACGUUUGAUUAUGCUAGACACUUCUUGUCCUAUUGCAGUAGGUUGUUGGGUCUUGAUUAUCGAUCGAACCGAGGUUACAUUGGGUUGGAAUACUGUGGUAGAACAGUUGGUGUUAAGAUUUUACCGGCUGGGAUUCAUAUGGGUCAGCUUCAAUGGGCUUUGUCCCAGAAGGAGACGGCCGAGAAGUUCAAGGAACUGAAGAAAAAAUUUGAAGGAAAAUUUGUGAUUUUGGGUGCGGAUGAUAUGGAUAUGUUCAAGGGUAUUAAUUUUAAGCUUUCUGCGAUGGGACAGCUUUUAGAAGAACAAGAAAAGUACAGGGGAAAAGUGGUUUUUGUUCAGAUUAAAAACCCUGCAAGGAGCCAGGGAAAGGAUAUUCGGGAUGUCGAGAGUGAGAUUAGUGCUAUUGCAAAUGAAAUUAAUCAGAAGUAUGGAGGACCCGAUUACGAGCCAAUUGUGCUCGUCAAUGGCCCGGUUACGACCCAAGAAAAGGCCGCUUACUACGCCAUUGCAGAAUGCUGCGUGGUGACUCCUGUGAGAGAUGGCAUGAAUUUGGUUCCUUACAAGUACACUGUAUGCAGGGAGGGCUCCCCUGCUCUGGACAAGGCACUGGGAAAUGAGGAGGCUGUGCAGCCCAAGAAGAGCGUGAUCAUUGUGUCUGAGUUCAUUGGAUGCUCACCGUCUCUUAGUGGGGCGAUCCGCGUCAAUCCAUGGAGUAUCGAUGAUGUUUCUACUGCCAUGUAUUCGGCCAUUGAAAUGGAGGAAUCAGAGAAACAAUUACGCCAUGAGAAGCAUUACAAGUAUAUUAGCUCUCAUGAUGUUGCCUAUUGGGCUAAGAGUUUUGAUCAAGAUCUUGUGAGAGCUUCUAAAUGGGUAGAUGAUGUGAGGCUUUGGACCAUGGGGCUCGGUUUUGGAUUCAAAGUUGCAGCUUUGAAUAGUAAUUACAGGAGGCUUUUAGUGGAUUACGUUGUAUCUGCUUAUAGGAGAACAAAUAGCAGAUUGAUCCUUUUGGACUAUGAUGGCACUAUGAUGCCGAAAACGCAUGUGGACAAGACUCCUAGCAGCGAUGUUAUUUCAGUAUUGAAUUCGUUAUGUAGUGAUCCCAGAAACAUAGUUUUCGUUGUGAGUGGAAGAGGAAGAGAUUGUUUAAGCAAGUGGUUUUCUCCAUGCGAGAAAAUGGGUAUUUCAGCAGAGCAUGGUUACUUUACUAGGUGGACUAAGGAUGCUUCAUGGGAGACUUGCUCCCUGAUAAUGGACUUUGAUUGGAAAAACAUCGCGUUACCUGUGAUGGAACAUUAUACAGAGGCAACAGAUGGGUCUUUCAUAGAGCAGAAAGAAAGUGCAGUGGUGUGGCACUAUGAACAUGCUGACCUUCAUUUUGGCUCAUGGCAGGCUAAGGAGCUUCUCGACCACCUCGAGAAUGUACUUGCUAAGGAGCCUGUUGCUGUUACAAGGGGCCAGUUCAUAAUCGAAGUGAAACCACAGGGUGUUAGCAAAGGGAAAGCUGUGGAAAACAUUGUCUCGACCAUGAGAAAGCAGGGGAAGUUGCCAGAUUUUGUGCUGUGCAUAGGAGACGACCGCUCAGAUGAAGUUAUGUUCGAGACUAUAGCGGAUAAGGUUGUCAGCCAAUCCUUGCCAGCCAUUAGAGAAGUAUUUGCCUGCACUGUUGGUCUGAAACCAAGCAAGGCAAAAUACUUUCUUGAUGAUACUGAUGAAGUCAUCAAGUUGCUUCAAGGCCUUGCUGCAGAAUCAUCGAUUCAAGCAAAUUCCGAUUAUCUCAAGGAAUCCGUUGGAAGGAAUCCCUCGGAUGACUGAUGUGGGACGUGUGCUCACUGCUCAGUUCACAAUGGAACUCAGAUUAAAGCGGAGUUUGGAGAUAUUAUGUUCUUCUGGGGUCAUAUCAAUGUUCGGAGGGUUAGAUUUUAAAAUGAAAGAUUAAUGAUACAGCUAACCUUGUAUAGAUGACACUGACAAUACUGACAUUGUCAGGUCCAUCUCAAAAGCCAAUACUCAGGAAUUUACUCUCAUAGCUUUAUUCAUGUUAGAAUCUUACAAAUUUGUUUGUUCGUGUUAGAUCACUUCAAUUUAUUUUAAUAUUUACAGGAAAUUUGAUGUCUUUUAC